CAGUUCUCUGCUUGUGUCUCUUUUUCUGUAUCUCUCUCUCUAGAUUCGUUUUUCGCUCAUCUCGAUGAAAUAAAGUGUAGUUCAUCUUUGUACUCUGUGACCCCGGGUAACGACACGCGUCAAACGUAACGCGAGCCACGCUCGUAAGACGAGAACACGAGGGCGAGGGGUGUGUGUGUGGGUGCGAGAGACCAGACCUCACACUUGGUGAUGCCACGAGAUUGCACACGACGGCGGAGACUGAAUAUAAAGACCACAGCACCGCCACACACCGGAGACAACCAUCAGAGUCGACAGCGACUCUGACACGAAGGAAGGGGAAGAAAAGCUGUGACUGUGAGGACUGCGAGGACUGUGAAGACUGUGAGGACUGUAAGGACUGUGAGGUUGUCUCAGUGGUGCACGGACAUCUUUCUCACAUGGAUCCACCCUGUCUGCUUCUUCUGUUAGCAGCCAUCUUGUCUCUUGUCUCUUCCUCUUCUCAAACGACACAGAAAUCGACUCACUUUGUAAGAUGUGCUGAGCCAGGGAUAAUACAGGCGGACGUCUUGAGGAACGUGUCCAUGGGGGUUGUUGGCUGCUUCGUACAAUGCGCAGCAGACGACAAUUGCAAGUCUCUGAAUGUCUGCCCCUCCACUUCCGGUCAAAACACAGUGGACUGCCAGCUCCUGGCCAGUUAUAGUCAGUGGUUCUGUCAGCCACUGGUCGCCGGGCAACAUGGCCUCUGCUUCCACGCGGAGAAGACGACGAAAUGUCUGAAUGGCGGCCGUCUCCGACACAAUGACACGUGUCGCUGUGACUUCGCCUUCAAGGGCUCCGUCUGCGAGAGUUACACUCGAGAUUGCAAAGAGGCAAAGGAUUUGGUAGAUCUGGAGACAGUGACGUACCCAGGUACAGGUGUACUCGACCGUUUUAUAAAGCCCUCAAAUGCACUGCACCCGUUCCUCGUGAGGUGUUCUUUAAGCUACCGGACAACCACAGUUCUUAUUCGUGUCCAGGAAGAAGACGGGAGGAGCCAAAUUAACUGGGCCGAGUUGGGAUGGAGUGCAUACGAGGCCGGUGUCGGCAGCUUGGCGCAGUAUAAUUAUUUUAUCGGCUUGAGAAACCUGCACUUGCUGCUGAAGCAAGCCAAGUACCGCGUCACCCUGUACAACGCUUACCACCACAACGUCAACAUCAGUGUCCAGCCCAGCUUCGGUAACGUCACAGUGGCCGACAGUUCCCACGACUACGCCCUGUCCUACUCCGUGUACACAGAUUCCAGCGCCCACAAUAACACUGCACUGCAAAAUUUUGCGGGUGUCAACACGCCGCAUCCCUUCUGCACUGAUGACAAACAAGAAAGAUGCACGUGCGCCUCCAAGGGCCCUGGGUGGUACAGCGCCAGCUGCACGGAGUACAGUCCCUUUGCGGCUGUGGCUAAGUGGCCAAGUUCCUCACUGGUGCCAUUCAUCAUCAAAGAAACACAGUACCCUUUUGAACGUGAUGGAGACUUUUAUUGACAAAAAUUAUUCCCUUAACUUUGACGAUAAAUUAGAAAUGUGUCCACAGACAGGGAUCGUUGGAGUUACAGGGCUAUGAAUCGUAGUGUGUAGCGGUUUUGAUAGUUUGGUCUUUAUUUAUUGUGAUCUAGCUCUUGAACACACGUUCGAGAUAAUCAUAUAACUUGCAAGACUCCAUUUUUCGAUUAAUAUUUUAGUGAGGUAGGAUAUGCUACAUCCGUCUUGCGGACUACUGUAGGUGAGCUCCACAGGCUGGCAGAGAAAAGGUAAUCGACCAUUUGCUCAGUCAGUUCGACAUCAUGAUGCAAUUAUUUGAACAAGAAAUAAAUGACUUUUCAUGUCGUCUCUUUUAUCGGCAUUGCUUGGCCCGCGCCGAUGAG